AUUUUUGUUAUUAUUAAUGAUCUGAUGGAUAAUCACUAUGUAUUGUAGGACUCAGAAGAAAACAACCAAAAGGAAAAACGCUUCUCAGAUCCCGAAACGUGACGCGGGCUGGUCGCUGGACAGAAACGUCGUCGAAGAAUGUGCUAGUAAAAGCAAGAAGAUCAAACCAAAGAAAACUGUGAAAAAGCACGCAUCGUCCGUGUUAAUAACUGAUACGUUGCAGGACAGUGACACUGACCUUGAUGAAGAAGACAAAACUAAAAGUACGACAACCAAGUCGAAGAAAGAGACACCUGAUUGUAAGCCAGGCUGGUUUUCAAACUGGGGUGACGAAGGACAUGUUGAAGCCCAGCGUCGAGCAUCCGCUGCCAACUCUCUGUCUUCCGUGCUGAUACGUCGCGUCCCAGGCGGCUACGUGCGUCGCACAGCUUCGUUAACCGGUGAUCUUUUUAUUGAUCUUAAACUGUAUAACGUAGUAGAUAUUCAAAACGUUCCAUCUGAAGCCCGUUGGGAGAAAGCGCUGGUUAAUUUUAAAUAUCGUGUGGAUUCCGUUUCGGAUAUAGUAGAUGGAAUAAAUAAGAUUCUAAAGCGUUGUAAGGACGACUUUACAGAUGAAGGAACCUUUUUCCCAGAUAAAAAAAGCCAAUAAUCUUUAAUCUUUUUUACGUCUAAUUUAGUCUAUUCCUAUGUCAAUAGGCAAAAUGCCUCAUAAUAGCUCCAUAUUUUGUUCAGUGUGUGACAUAAGUAUUCCAAGUAAAGCCUUUUCUGCUCACUUGCGCACUAACUUGCAUAAAAAUAAUAACUCUGUUCAAUUAACUCCUGAUAUUGAAAAAAUAAGCAGCGCUUUCCGUAGUAGAAUAGCAUCAUACAGAGUGCGUGGACCAGAGAGUAGCCUCCAUGACUCACCGGUAAAGUUUCUGUGCGCUCUUCGUAGACAUAUUAAACAUAUUCUCGAAGCGAGAAGGCUUGCUUUUGGAUCUAUAAAGGUUAACUUUGAACUGUUUGCUGAAUUUGGUUUGCCGAAAAAUGAAGCAUGUGAAAUUAAAUCAUUCGCUACGCAAAAUAUCAUUUUACAUCAGAGUUACGAAUUUAAAGAAAUAUUUUCAACCAUUUUGAACACAUUGAGCACGAAAAUUGAUGAAUUUCAAGAACGGGACAGUGGCUGGAGCUUUCUACGAAACUUAUAUCUCGAGAUAAACAUAAACAAAUAUAAUCCUCUUAGAGCGUCUAGAUUUAUAGAAUUACCAAAGUUAAUAAAACAUCGAAGAGCUUGUGUAAAUAUUAAAAACAAUGAAAGUAGCACUAUCUUCGAAUGAUGAUAAACGAGUAAUAUUAAAAGACAAUAUUCACACACUUGCGUGGGGACAUGCUUCAUUUUUCUAAAUAUAGUUAUAUAGUGAUAUUUUAAAGGAAACUUUGAACUAAUUUGUAAACACCUACUUUACUUUUUAAGUUAGCUAUGCCAGUAUGUAUAUUAUUAUUAAAUAAACU